UAAUUUGUCUAAUAUUAUUCUUUGUCUUUUUCUUUCAAGCGUACACGCUUACGCUGCCACCUACAUAUAUACACGCACGCACGCGCAAAUGAUGCUUUCUAUGUGAGUCUCUCUCUCUCACACCUGUAGGUUCCUGUCACUUCUGCGUUUCUGAAUCAAGAAAUGGGACAAGCUUUGGGUUGUAUUAAAGUGGAACAGUCCACUGUUUCCAUCAAAGAAACUUUUGGGAAGUUUGAUGAUGUGCUUGAACCUGGUUGUCACUGUCUGCCUUGGUGUUUGGGGAGCCAGGUUGCUGGUCACCUCUCUUUACGUGUACAACAGCUGGAUGUUCGAUGUGAAACAAAAACCAAGGACAACGUGUUUGUUAAUGUGGUUGCAUCCAUUCAGUACAGAGCCUUGGCUGAUAAGGCUUCUGAUGCUUUCUACAAGCUCAGCAAUACCAGAUCACAGAUACAAGCCUAUGUCUUCGAUGUUAUUCGGGCAAGUGUUCCAAAGCUGGACCUGGAUUCAACCUUUGAACAGAAAAAUGAAAUAGCAAAAGCUGUGGAAAAUGAACUAGAGAAGGCCAUGUCACAUUAUGGAUAUGAGAUAGUUCAAACUCUUAUUGUGGACAUUGAACCUGAUGAGCACGUAAAGAGAGCAAUGAAUGAAAUCAAUGCAGCUGCCAGGUUGAGGGUGGCUGCAAACGAGAAAGCUGAAGCAGAGAAAAUACUGCAAAUCAAGCGUGCUGAGGGAGAUGCAGAAUCAAAGUAUUUGGCUGGGCUUGGUAUUGCUCGUCAGCGGCAGGCAAUUGUUGAUGGGCUGAGGGACAGUGUGCUAGCCUUUUCUGUGAAUGUACCGGGAACAACAUCGAAGGAUGUGAUGGACAUGGUUCUAGUCACUCAAUAUUUUGACACCAUGAAGGAAAUUGGCGCAUCCUCAAAGUCAAACUCUGUUUUCAUCCCACAUGGACCUGGUGCUGUGAGAGACAUUACAUCACAGAUAAGAGAAGGUCUCCUUCAAGCCAAAGCUACGAGUGGUGCAUAGCUUUCCAAAUUGGAAAUGCCCGUAUUCUGAGUUAAUGAUGUGUAAUUUGGUUGAAUUUGUGUAGGAUUUUAUUAUAUUUAGUUGUAUAUUGUGAUGUAAGUAAGGAACCGUAUAGGAUUAAAUAUGGUGUGAUGGUGUCUUCAAUUUGGGUUUUUAGAAUGUUAAAUGACAAAUUAAAGUGUGGUGUUAUGGAGCAUAAAUUUCGAUGAUUGAGAUGA